AUGCUAAAGCGCGUCCCUAACGCACGAGGUCUCGUUCUUGGCAUCUGUGCUGGUGGAUUUGGUGCAGGCUCCGUUUUCGUGACUCCCAUUCAGACGGCGCUCAUUAAUCCCGACAACAUCAAGCCGAACAACGUUACACAGUUCGAGACCUACGAACCUUCGAAAACUCUGGAAACCGUGGAAUUCUACGUGUUGUGGGUGCUCAUGUUGUGUGGCACCUUCCCGAUGGUUCUUAUCAUGUCGUUGUACAAGAUCAUUGGACAAAGGGACAUCCACAACGACCAAUUCCUGGUGACUGUCGGUAGCCUCGCCUCAGCGGCCAAUAUGAUUGGACGAGUAAUGUGGGGCGAACUCGCAGACAAAAUCGCCUACAGAACACUCAUCACGGUCGUUUUUGUGCUGUGGGGCGCAAUGCUGACUGGCCUGCCGUUCUCACCGCAUGUCCCGCACAUUGGAAUGUACGCCUUUGCCCUCCUAGUAAUCCUCAUGUUCCUGUGCGUCGCCGGACUCCACGUUCUGCUUCCCUACGCUGCGCGCAAACUGUUUGGCCAGGAGUACUUCGCUGCUAACUACGGGCUGGUUUUCACAGCUGUGGUGAGAACAUACUACAUUAGAGUACGCGUGUUUGUGCGAAAAAUGCGAAGUACCGACGUUUUCAAUUUUCAGCUACCCGGGGCAAUGGUUGGCUCGGCGAUUUCUACGACUGCCAGCGUCAAACACCACAUCAUUCACUUGUGUUUUGGAUGCGCCGGUGUUUGCUUAGUGGGUAAAUACUAUCCCUUCAGUGAUUGGUCAACGUGGCUUGAAUUGAUUAACUGUACGCGCCCGCAUUUGGCUUCGAACAUAAGUGACUCGCAAUAUCGAUUGCACUCUUUAGGAGUCGUUGCGGCUCUGCAACUGCCCAGCCAACACCAACAGGGCCCCAGAACGAUCAAGUCGCUGUGCCACAGACGGAAACCACAGGCCGAAACUCGCUAA